ACGUUAUCAAAAUUUUGAUCGGCAUUAAAGUUACAUUUUCAUAUCGAUCGGUAUGCUUAUUUCGUAUUAUUAUUUCACUGUAGUGAGUCUGAGCUGGUUAACGUCUUGCUGUUCACGUUUACGUGAACGUACCGCGAUCAUCGUGGACACAAUAUAAAUAUAUCGUCAUGGAUUCGAUAAUGUACGUCGCCGCGGCGACGCAUUUGUUUUUCUGCCCGUUCACAAAAGUCGAAGAAAGUUUCAAUGUACAAGCGAUGCACGACAUUUUGUACUUGAAGACUAACAUAUCAAAGUUUGAUCAUCUAGAAUUUCCUGGUGUUGUACCAAGAACAUUUUUGGGUCCAAUGUUCAUAACUAUAAUGGCAUUUCCAUUUGCCACGAUUCUUAGUUGUCUUCAGUGCAAUAAAUUUUUAACUCAAUUAUUAGUUCGUGCAGUAUUAGGUGUUGUAGUAGUUUCAAGUAUCAAACACUUUAAAAAUAGUGUUUCAAAGAUAUUUGGAAAUAGUGUUGGAAAUUGGUUUGUAAUCAUAACAGCAUCACAGUAUCAUUUAAUGUUUUAUUCAAGUCGUCCACUUCCUAAUAUCAUGGCAUUUCCUUUAGUAAUGGUAGCAUUGAGUUCUUGGAUUAGAGGAAAACAUUCUUUAUUGAUAUGGAGUUCGGCUGUUGCUGUUUUAGUUUUCCGUUCAGAAUUGGUCAUUUAUCUAGGUAUUAUUAUACUGAUGGAAUUGUUUUAUAAGCGUCUUAAACUAUUCAGGGGACUGAAACUUGGAUUUUUGGCGGCUACUACUGUUUUAACUAUAAGUAUUGUCGUUGACUCUAUAUAUUGGCGUCGCCUAGUAUGGCCUGAAGGAGAAGUUUUAUGGUUUAAUAUAGUACUCAAUAGAAGCAGUGAAUGGGGUACUAAACCAUUUUUUUGGUAUUUUUAUUCAGCAAUACCACGAGGCGUUGCACUUUCUCUAUUGAUUGUACCCUUUGGUGUGUUAUAUGAUAUUCGAGUAGCAAGACUUAUUAUUCCAACAUUGAUGUUUGUACUGAUUUAUUCAAUACUACCACAUAAAGAACUUCGGUUUAUUAUUUAUGUAUUUCCAGUAUUAAACGUAUCUGCUGCUACCUUUUGCAAUAAAGUAUGGCAAACUAGAUUUAAACCAAAAGGAAUCAAAAAUGUACUUGCACUUUUUUUCUGUACUUGUCAUAUUAUUGGGAAUGUUGUUUUGACAGUAGUUUUUAUGAGUGCAUCAUAUCACAAUUACCCAGGAGGUUAUGCUAUGAGCCUAUUACAUACAUUUGAAAACAAUCAUUUAGAUGCUAAUUAUUCAAUACACAUUGGCAAUUAUCCAGCACAAACUGGAGUAACUCGUUUUACACAACUCAGUAACUAUUGGACGUAUAGUAAAAAAGAAAAUCUUGAACCUGGCUGUGAAGAGCUCAUGUCUUUCACACAUUUAAUUGUUGGAUCAAAUAGCCGAGAUAAUGAAGAAAUGCUGCCUUACAGAAAUACUCAUACUGUCAUAACCACAGUACAAGGAUUUUCACAUGUAUCAUUUAACUAUAAUACUUUUCCACCAUUAAAAAUCAAAACUAAAACUCAAAUAUUUGUGUUAAAAAAAAAUACUAUUAAAUUAGGUGUUAAGCAAAAUAUAAAGAAAAUUGUCGAAGAAUUCAAAAACGAACAAGAUUCAGAAAAAAAAAUUGAUUUAAACUUAAAUUUGUUAGAUAAAAAUACUAAAAAAAAUAAGCCCAAACAAAAAUGAAUUCAAAUUCAGUUUUGAAUAAAAUAAACUAAUGACCUAAUACCAUAUUUCCACUUUAGAAUAAUUAUAAUAAAGAAUAAAAACUAAAAUAUCACUAAAGCUUUAACAAUUCAAAUUGUUCUAUAAAACAUUUUUUAAACAUAUAUAUUAUGUAUUUGGGUUGGAUAUAUAAAUUUUGAUUUUUUGGUUAACCGAUUUUGUGUAACACUAAAUAUCACUACUUAUUAAUAAGUUACUUUACCUAUUAUAAUUUUUUAUUUAAUAUAGUAAUACUUCAUAGGUAUUUAUCCUAAUCUUAGAUACCAAUAUUGCAAAAUAAUGCCAAAAAACCCUAAAAACAUUUAUCUGAUUCAUACAUUUUGCUUGAAACAUUUUGCUUGAAAAGGAAAAUAUUGAAUUUUUUUUUUUUUUGUUUCUAAUGUGGAAGUAACAUAAUUUUUUUUUUUCAAUGACUUACAUUUGAAAGGGCUAUCCUAUAUAAUUUUAUUAUGGUCUUCAAGACUGAAGUACAAUUACUUAUAUGCUUGUAAAUUAAAUGUAUAAUCAACUAUUACUCUUACUUAAUUUAUGGUCUAGUACUAAACAAAUGUAUAAAUUUUUAUGUGAUAAGUUGUAAAACUGAUAGGUUUCUUUUUUUUUUAUCAAAACCUUGGACUUAGUUGAUUCUAAUUUAUUUUAAUUUGUAUUAAUUUAAAAUUGAUUUUUUUUUUUAAGUUUUAAUAGAACUAAAUUUGACUUAUAUGAAUAAAAACAAUAUUAUCAAUGAUUACAAAAUAUACAAACUAUUAUUGUUAAAUAUGUAACUACUAUAUUAUAUUAUAUAAUAUUGUACAUAAUACACAAAUUUAGUAACACAUUAAUCCUUGUUGAUGGGAGGAGAGCACUUGCUUUCCGAAACAGUUUUUUGAAGUCUAACCAAUGUUUACUUAUUGUUAUAAUUUUGUUCAAUUUGAUACAUCUGAGAUUCUUCUCGGGGGAAAAAAUAGAUUUUAAAUUAAUAGUUAAUAAUGGUAUUACUGCGCAUAUUAAAAUUAAAAAUUGUUCAACAGUAAAUUUUUAAAGCUUUAAUAUUUUAACAGUUUCAUUGUUUAUUGUUUUAUUGUUAUAACUUAUCAUUUUAGUAAAAUAAAAUUGAAGUGUUUGUGUUUUGGAAUAUUAUUGUUAUAUCGGUUUUAGAUUAUAUAGAUAAAAUUAUACUUUUUUAUUUUAAAUGUGUUGUAGUGUUCUGAGCUGUUUAAAGUAUCUUUACUUGAGUAAUUUUCAAAUUAACUUAUAAUGAUCAGUUGUAUACUUAAAAUUAUUUUUAAAUUAAAAUUAGAGUUAUAAAUUAUUUUGUUUAAGUUUAACUCUUGUUUAAAUUGUGUGGUAUUUAUUAUUUUAAUCUAUAAAGUGAAUCCUACACAAUCAAUAAUAUUGCAAUAUUGCGUGCUGUUAUUAUUUAUUAACAUUUUAGAAUAGAUUUUACAAGGCUUGUAUAAUAUAAUUUAGAAAUCAAACUGUGUAAGAAAUUUAUCACACUAUUUAAUUGACUUAAUAUUAUUGAUCGUGUAGGGUCCUCUUAAAUUAUGUAUUAGAAGUGUAUUUUUUUUCAUAUUUGUUUGAUAUUCAAUUAAAAUUAAAAAUAGAACUUAUUUGUUAAAAAAAAUUAAGGAUUUUUAGAAAUUAAACUAGUGAUUGUCGAUUGAGUGAUAAAUAUGUGUCUACUAUUAUAUUAAGUUAAUUUAUAUUAGCAAUUAAUGUCCUGUACCUGCUUAAAAAUAAAAACUGAUUCCUUGUA